AUGUCCGCCACCACCGUCGCCUCGUCAUCGAGGACAGUAGCGUCACAUCUCGUCAUGGCCACCGCCCUGUCUCACGUCACAGCAAGCACGACCGUUUCAGCCAGUCGCAGCAUGACCACCGCAUCAUCCGCAAAGGCAUCCUCUUCAUCCGCAUCAUCGUCCUCGCGUCCACGGCGGUCGGCGCGGUUCGCAGCGCGACCCGGAGCAGACAUGGUUGGUCCUCCCGAUCCGAUCAGCAACCUUCGACCCAUUCGCUACGGAUCCGCCUUUGAAGAAGUCACCUCUCCCUCCGUCUCUUCCCCUUCCGCCACUGCGAGCCUCUCACAUCCGUACUCUCUCCAAGAAUUCACCUCGUCCAGUUCGACCUUGCCUGGUACAUCCCGCGCCCCUUCGCUCUACUUCGAGCGUCUUCUGGCCAAACUUGAAUCCGCCGAGUUGGCACACAAACUCCGCAUGGCGCGCGCAGACAGCUUCAACCAGCGCUUCUGGCAGGAAAACAACGCACGCUUCAUCCAAGCCCUCGGCGAGUUUCGGUCCCGAACGGGGUCGAGUAAGGCAGUCGCUACAACGGGGAAGGGGAACACGACGAAUGAACAGGAGAACGAACUGGAUUUGGAUUCGGACUCGUUAGCUACCUUCUACAGCGCUUGGUUGAAGGCGAACAGUGCGAGACAUAGAGCCUAUAACAGGCAGCUGUGGAGACAGACCUUUGGCGAUUUGGCUCCUGCGGCGAGAUACCAGGGAUUGAGGGCAUGGGCAAAGGUCGUGGGUUCCGUGGAGAGGAGGUUGGGUCGCAUCAACUGA